AUGGCAGAAAUUACCAUCACUGGCGCUGGGAGUCGAAAGAUCCAAAUCCCAACCGGUCUUUUCAUCAACAACGAAUUCAUCCCUUCCACUACUUCCGAGACCCUUACGACCGAGAACCCAACCAACAAUACUCCCCUCGGCCAAGUCUCGGCCGCCCAGCCCUCUGACGUCGACGCUGCUGUCUCUUCCUCCAAAGAAGCUCUCAAGACAUGGAAGACUACCCGGCCUGCCGAGCGACGUGGAUUACUCAACAAAUUAGCUGAUUUAAUCGAGAGAGAUGCCCAAGAACUUGCUUCCAUUGAGGCCGUUGACGCGGGCUUGUUGUUUAACAUGUCUCUCGGUUUCUGCAUUGUCCAGGCUGUCGAGACACUUCGAUAUUUUGCAGGAUGGGCAGACAAGAUCGAUGGGCAAUCAUUGGACUUUGACCAAGGAUUAGCGUAUACCAAACGAGAGCCUAUCGGUGUUUGUGCUGCCGUGGUGCCAUGGAACACUCCCCUUAUGAUCACAGCAUGGAAGCUAGGUCCGGCCCUCGCAGCUGGAAACACUCUUAUUAUCAAGACACCCGAACUAGCUCCUCUCUACGGCCAAAAGCUAGCCCAACUCAUCCUUGAAGCAGGUUUCCCACCAGGUGUAGUUAACAUCAUCACCGGUCUAGGCCCUGUGGCAGGCCAAGCUCUCGCCGAUCAUUAUCAAGUCCGCAAGCUUUCCUUCACAGGCAGUGUAGCCGUCGGACGUACUAUCCUCGUCAGCGCCGCAAAAUCGAACCUAAAGAGAGUUACGCUUGAACUAGGCGGUAAAGGUCCAAGUAUCGUGUUUAACGAUGCUAAUUUUGAGAAUGCUCUUGCAUUUGCGACAGCAGGAAUCACACUUCACAAUGGUCAGAUCUGUGCGGCCGGAAGUCGAAUUUAUGUCCAUGAAGAUGUCUAUGAUCGGUUUGUUUCCGAGUUUGCGGCCAAGACGAGGGAAGCUGUCAUGGGCGAUCCUCUUCUCGACGAAACGGUCAAGGGACCCGUCAUCAGCGCUACACAAAAGGACAGAAUUAUGGAAUACAUCGCCAAAGCCAAGAGCGAGGGAGUAGAACUCUUGCACGGAUCAACCGACUCCGAUAGCAAGGGUAACUUUGUCCCAAACACAGCCUUCAUCAACGUCUCGCCUACGGCAACCAUUAUGCGUGAAGAGGUUUUUGGACCAGUUGCCAGCUUUGCCAAGUUCAAGACAGAAGAAGAGGUCGUCUCGCUCGCUAAUGAUAACGAGUACGGUUUGGCGGCUGCUGUUUUCACAAAUGAUAUAAGCAGGGCCGUGAGGGUUUCUGAUCAAAUCGAGGUGGGCAUGGUCUUUGUCAAUACCUGGGGCAGUAUCAGCGCAAACAGUCCGUUUGGGGGUAUCAAACAAAGUGGAUUUGGCAGGGAGAAUGGUACUGACGCCCUUAAUGAUUGGACGCAAGUCAAGUGUGUCAGGAUUAAUGUUUUCAAUUCAUGA